UCAUCGGGGCAGGGACCGUCUCUCACUGUGGUGUGGGCAGCGCCCAGCAAUGGCCCUCGUCCUGACUGGGCCAAAUCAACAGUAAUAUGAAUGGGCCUGCUCUUCAGUCUGUGCCAGCACAAAGCCAGAGGCUAAUAUGGCUCCACCCUCCCUGAUCGGACCCCGGAUGGGCCCGCCCGGGGCUCGUGCAGCAUAGACCCAGCUGAGUGGUUUGGCUGGGACGUCAUUAACUCGGCCCUCCCUGGACGGGACUCGAGGAGGGUCGGCGGGACCCAAGAGCAGGUCGCACGGAACCAAGCGUUAUCAUCCCAGCUGGCAACGGCCUCACCCAGCUCAGAACUUCUGAUCUAUUUGGAUCCAAACAGCGCUGUUUGGACCAGAACAUUCCAGGACUAUUUAGACCACAACAGUCUGGUGCCACUUGGAUCAAACCCUUGGCUCAGGUCAAUCGUGAUCCUGUCUCUGCUGCCUGCAUGGUGAGAUUUGGAGAUUUAGUUGGAGAAUUGGACCAAAACCGCCAUCCUUUCCCCAGCAGAGACCCGGACCUUCCAGCUGGUGCUGGGACAGAGAAUCCAGGAGGUUUCGAGGACUGUGACAGGCACCAGGCUUGGCCCGAGUCCCCAGACCCAGGACCAUGAUGCGUAGCCAGGGGCUUCCUGCUGAUGCCCCAGAGGUGAAUCCUGGAGCUGCCCAGGAGGGGUCAGAGUCGCAGAGAUCAGGGGAGUCGCCCCCUCGUCAGGGGGUCUCUGCUGGGAGCCCCGUUCCCGGGGAAACAGCGGAGGAGGGGGUCUCUGCCUCUGCCGGCCCCAGGAACCCAAGCGAGCAGACCUCCACGGCCACAUCCGUCACCAGCCACUCAUCCGCCCGCGGCGUGGCACCUGAGGCCUCCAACCGCCUGUGUGUGCAGCCCCCGCGUGAGCCACCCGGCGCAGGCGUGACGAAAAAGCGCGCGGCCCGUGCCAGGGAGGCCGAGGGGGAGGGAGAAGAACAGUCCCUUUUCUACAUGAGGGUCAGGGCCGUGAACGGCGUCUCGGUGGCCUGGGAGACCGGGGCCGGCUUUGGGGCCAUUAGGAAGCGCCCCCGCAUCUUUAAGGCCAAUUACACCGGAGGAGAAAGCUUUGCCGGGUCGGACCUGAGCAGCUCCCACACCAAGUCCGAGCUGGGGGACGUGGACCCAGAGCCAGAGGGCGGCGCUGGGGGGCCAGCAGAGGAGGCUCCGCAACCGCCGUGGGGCGCGACCCCGGAGUGGCUCCUCACCACCGAGCAGGGCCUGCGGUGCCUGGCCUGCUGCCGAGUGUUCCCCAGCCUGGAGGCCCUGACCCAGCACGUGAAGCAGGGUCUGCGGGAAGGCUUCAGCUGCCGCGUCUACUACCGGGUGCUGGGGCGGCUCCGGGCGGGAGGGACGCCCCGGAGGAGCCGGUGCCGCGGGGGCCGGGGACUCCAGCCACGCGGCCGCGAGUGCAGCGCGUGCGGGGGCGAGAUACGGCGCCCACGCAAGGCUGCCAGACAGGCCUGGCCAGGACGCGCCGGGGAGGAGCCCAGCAGCCGCCUGAGACCAGCGACGACUCUGCCAGCACGGCCAUGAAUACACAGGCUGGGGACUGCAGCCAGGUCGGGGGGUGGGGGGGGCACGCCUGUCGCGGCCUCCGGCUUGCCAGGCAGGCCCGAUCUGCACGUGAGGCUGCCAGCAGAGCCCCAAGACAGCAACGCCGGGCCCCACCCCUCCACGGGGCCGUGGCCGAACCGGACCCAGCCACCGGGGACGAGGAAAGAACUGACGGCGUCGGCCAGCCCUCUCCCUGCAUGACCCAGCCGAAGGGCGCUUUGGGGGUGGAGGGUCGGUAGCAGAGCCGCAUCUUUAGAGACGCACGCGGACGCCGGCCCAUUGACGGGAGGAAGGUGAUGAGAAGACGUCCAGAGACGGACCCACGGGGCGGCUGAGUGCACGGCUCCUGAAGGCUGAGCCGGGGCCUCUGCCGAGCUGGAGCAAGCCCCACUUGCACAGACAUCGGCUAAGUGAUUUACUUCGGGGGUUCUCGUCUGUGGGGGGGACGCCCUAGGUUCCCGGAGCAUCUACGGGGCUUGUGAGCUG